CAGAAACGCGAAGUAGUUAUCGCCUACCGCCUUUUGUUUAAGAGAUUUUACCUUCUCUUUCUGAUUGGACGGCAAAUUACCCCUGGGGAUAGGGGGUGGAGUGCGAAGAGUCAGUGGUUUGUGAUGACUUUAUGAAUCCCGUUUUAAUGGCGAUAAUGAUGCACUUUAGCUCCCCGGACUCAUCGGAAUUCUAGGGCUUUUCUCGAUCCAAUGGGGCGGAGGAAGGUAGAGAUAAAGCGAAUCGAAGACAAGAGUAGCCGGCAAGUCACCUUCUCCAAGCGCCGGAACGGACUGAUAAAGAAGGCCAAGGAACUCUCCGUUCUGUGCGACGUCGACGUCGCCGUCGUCAUCUUCUCCAGCAGCGGCAAGCUCUACGACUUCUCCAGCACUAACAGUUUGACAGGGGUCCUACAAAGAUACAACAGCCAUGUAGAAACAGAGGAAAAGCAAUCUAAUUACUCGCGUUACAUGACAAUUGGAGAACUGGUACAGACACUGGAAAGUGACAUUGAGGAACCUGACCAGCUUAGUGUGACUGAUCUUGUCCAUUUGGAGCAGCAGAUUGGGAGUGCACUUCUAGAAACAAGAUCUAGGAAGAAUUGUUUGCUGAUGGAAUCUAUCGCGCAUCUACAUGAAAAGGAGAAGAUGUUGGAAGACGAAAAAAGGCGUCUUGAGGAGCAAAUAAGUGGAAUUAAGAAGGAUAGGGAGGAAGUGAAUGAGAUGGGUGUGGAUUUCACCAGCCUGGCGACGGUUGUUGGUACACAGCAGCAAGCAGCAGCAACCCUCAAUUUACUUUGAAUCAAUCCUGCACUGUAUGCUGCCCGGCCGCUUGGAGAAGCUAAAUAGAAUAAAAUUAAAUCAUGUUUUCUAUUAUUCCUAAUCAUCCCAUUCGAGAGUAAUAAGAACCUUAAUUAGCUUGUUAUUACUUUCUGCCUCUGCUCUAGCUCCUUACUGCGAGCUACCUAAAAAUGUCAAUACUUGUGUGUGUGAUUGUGUGAGACUCUGAUUCAAUAUGUCAGUGUUUUAAUUUAUUUGAUGUUGUCUGUAGUUCUCCUGGCCCAGAACUUGUAAUAUAUAGGGGUCCUUUGGCUGCAAUAUAAUUUGAUGUUGGAGACUUUUUCAUUGUAUUAUGAUAUAUAGUGCAUUUGCUAUGUGCU